AUGCUACUACUAAGUACUUUAAUAGGGAUUAUUACUUUUUCAAUAUAUUAUAUUCGACAAGAGAAUAUACCAAUCAGUAAUACUUCAAAUAUGUCGCUAAGUACAACAAUGUCAACAUAUUCUAGCACAUUAAUAUCUUUCGAGCCACUAUGUCAAUUGAAAGUUCAACGAUUAGCACUUAAUCCACUAUGCACAUGUAUGAUUUCUGGUCCAUAUUUGAUUGCUGAUCUAAACGAUGACAAUCAAGUUGAUUUCAUCUUUUCAUGUGAUGGUAAUUCGACGGUCAAUGUACUUUUCGCGAAUUCUAACUGCUCGUCUCAGAUAUACAUACCGACUUGGAUAUCUAUAACUAUAACUCAGAUUUAUGUUAAUGAUAUGAACAAUGAUGAACAAGCCGAUAUCAUUUUAGUAAAUAAUAAUAUGUACAGUACAUCUAUCUAUAUUUUAUUCGGUAAUAGCGGUGAGCCGUUUGAAUUGCAAGAUUGGAAAAUAUUAUUUUUGGCUGAACCCACAGUUGAUAUUAGUAUAAUUGAUCUUAAUAUAAUGAUAAUACAUUGGAUAUGA